AUGAAACUACCGAUUGAAAUAUUCAUGCAUAUAUUUGAACUUUUAUUAUAUCAAGGUAAAUUGAAACCGAAAUACUUGAGGGUUUGUAAAUUAUUUUAUGAUGUGGUUAUGCCGAUGUUAUAUCGAAGUCCUCGAUUAAAAGCUAGUAAUUUCUUUGCCUUUGUGGAAACUAUAUCCAAUAAUAAAUCGAUUGGAAGUUAUAUUCGUCAAUUGGAUUUAUCUUAUAUUAUUCAAACUGGUAAGAAUGCUUAUGUGGCGAAAUUAUUAAAACGAUCCAGUAAAAGUUUAGAAAUCUUUGUGGCACCUCAAACUAGUUUUGGUUUAGGUCCAUUAAUUGCAUUAAAGAAUUGUGUUUCAUUAAGAGUUUUAGAUUUAAGAUUAGUAUCUGAAACAUUAAACCUUGAAGAAUUAUUCUCAUCAAUCCGAAAUUCAACUAAUUUAACUCAUUUAUCAUUCCCACGAUCAUCGAUUGAAAUUAAUAAUUUCGAAUCAAUAUCUUGGCCUUUAAAACUUUCAUUUUUAAGAAUAUCAGGUGGAAUAUCUGAUGAUUUCUUACGUCAUUCAAAUUUCCCUUCUACUUUAACAAGUUUAGAAUUCACUCAUUGCCCUUACAUAACCGAUCUUGGUUUAAGACAUAUCUUAUAUCAAUAUGGUCCCAAUUUAAAAUCAAUCAAAGUUCAAUAUCCUAUGCCUGGGUUAACUAAGGAUACCCUUGAUUCUGUAUUUCAAUUCUGUCCUAACUUAAUCACCUUGGAAAUCGCCGUCGAUUAUAUCUCCAGUUCAUUCUUCGAUAAAGAAAACUUAGGAUUCUUAGAUUAUCCUCGUCCUUUAAAGAAUUUAUAUAUAAACAGUAGUGGGAUGUUAGGUACUACUACAAAAUUAGAUCCUAUUGAUUUGGCUCUUGCUAUAAAUGAAGAUAGAUUACCUUUACUUAAGAAUAUCUCCUGCACCGCCAAGUUAGGAUGGGAUCCUAAAUCUGAAUCGGUCGGUUACAUCGUCGAUGAACUCGAUGAGAGAAAUGGUGGUUUAUAUAUUGGUUAUUAG